UCUCCGUCUACGUGACCGGCUGAUCUACUGAUCUCCUGCUUCUUCCUCCUUCAGUCAGUAUCUCUCCUCAGGUCUGUAGCUGGCUGUCUCCAUCAUGUUCAGAGCCGCCGUCCGACUCUCAGUCUCCGGGGUCCGGAGUGUAACCCGCACACAGCCAGCCUGUCGAGCUCUUUUGGCCUCAAGGUGUUACUCACAUGGGAAACAAGAGACCGAUGAGGAGUUUGAUGCCCGCUGGAUCACCUAUUUCAACAAGCAAGACAUUGACGCAUGGGAGCUGAGAAAAGGGAUGAACACAUUGAUUGGUUACGAUCUGGUACCUGAGCCAAAGAUUCUCGAGGCAGCACUGAGAGCCUGUCGGAGGUUAAACGACUUGGCCAGCGCCAUCCGAAUUUUGGAAGCUGUGAAGGAUAAAGCCGGCCCUCAUAAAGAGAUCUACCCGUAUCUGAUCCAAGAGCUGCGGCCAACAUUAGACGAGCUUGCCAUCCCUACACCCGAAGAGCUCGGCAUUGACAAAGUGUAGAUGAAUCUAAUGACGGUGGAUAUCCCCAGGACACAGAACCCAUGUGCUUAACUGUUUGCCUCAUAUAAUACGUGUGAUAUUUAAUUUGGCCUUUAUGAAGUUCUUUUGCUUGUAAAAUAUUGACGAACCUAAUAAAGGAAAAUUUAUCUUUGAGUGUCAAAAGUAUUUUGGGAUAUUUUAAGUAGUUAUUGAAACAAUACACUCAAUUAAUUACAAGUUGCUUUAGCUGAGGGCAGAGCCUCACUUGUAUGGUGCAUGUUGACUGAGUGUGUGUGAGGACAUUGUUGUGAGAGUCACUUUUUGCCACCAGGGAGCAGCGUUUUCACAUGAAUGUAAAAAUCAUUUACUGUAUUCAAUCUAUAUUUCAUCUGUUUUCAUUUCAGGGAGAAUGUAUGUGCUUGUAAAAUAAACAUGUUCAAAUUGCAAA